GGCCGGGACCCCGCCCCGGCCCGGCCCCCGGCUGAGAUAUCUGGGGCUCCUCCUCCCCUGUCGGCCACAACCCGGGAACACAGCCCCGGCCCUGCCUCCGGGACAGACACUCGGACGCUCACGUAGACGGCCAGCGGGGCCGCCCCUGCCACCUCCCUCUGCGCUCACCGAUGCCUCUGCCGGGAGGGGGCUUCGUGGGCCCAAAAGGGGGCUAGCCUAUUCCUCAAAUCUCCAUGAUGGCCGUGGACAUCGAGUGUAGACUCAGCUGCAUGGCUCCUUCCUUGAGCAGAGAGAGGUUCACCUUCAAGAUCUCGCCCAAGCCCAGCAAACCCCUGAGGCCUUGCAUCCAGCUGGGCAGCAAGAAGGAAGCCAGCGGGAUGGUGGCCCCCACAGUCCAGGAGAAAAAGGUGAAAAAGCGCGUCUCCUUCGCAGACAACCAAGGACUGGCCUUGACAAUGGUCAAAGUGUUCUCAGAGUUUGAUGACCCGCUCGAUAUCCCGUUUCACAUCAGCGAGCUCCUAGACAACCUGCUGAAUGUGACGACAGCAGAGAGCGAGCGCUUUGUGUUGGAUUUUUCCCAGCCUUCUGCUGAUUAUUUAGACUUCCGACAGCGGCUUCAGACCGACCACGUCUGCCUGGAGAACUGCGUGUUGAAGGACAAAGCCAUAGCAGGCACUGUGAAGGUGCAGAACCUGGCCUUUGAGAAGCUGGUGAAAAUCAGGAUGACCUUUGACACUUGGAAGAGCUUCACAGAUUUUCCCUGCCACUACGUGAAGGACACAUAUGCUGGUUCAGACCGGGACACGUUCUCCUUUGACAUCAGCCUGCCCGAGAAGAUUCAGUCUUAUGAAAGAAUGGAGUUUGCCGUGAGCUUUGAGUGCAGCGGGCAGACGUACUGGGACAGCAACAAGGGCAAGAACUACAGGAUCAUCCGAGCUGAGUUAAAGUCUGCUCAGCGAACAGCCCAGCCCCUGAAUGGAGCUGACUUAGAAAUCUCCUUGGACCAGUUCGGCAGCCCUCGGUGCUCCUAUGGUCUGUUUCCCGAGUGGCCCAGUUAUUUAGGGUGGAGUGAGAAGAGCACUCGGAGGGGAAGAGAUGGGGUCUUUGGUGCUCUGGAUUGUUGGACAGUAAGCAAAGAAAUUUUCCGUUUUUCCUUUGGGCUUCUGCAGGAGCUUUCUAAGUACUUAACCCUGAGUCACCAGCCUGUUCAAUGAUGAUUAUUUUUUUUAACCUGCUUGGCUGGUUUGCUGGCACCUCUCAUCUCUUCACAAAGAAGCUUGGAUCCCCUUCCCUGGAGAACUAUCUUAGGCUGUAUGCAGGGCGUUUGGAUGUGCAGGUCUAGUCUAUCCUCAGAACGUGUAGGAAAGAUUUGUGUGGGUUUUGACUGUGACCCCUUACCUGCCUGAAUGACUUUAGAAGCAUGUUCUUAUUUAUACUGUGAGUAUGGAAAGGAGUGAGGGAAUAAUACAUGUCACGGAAUGUUCAUCAUGUUUGCCAACACUGAAGUCUCAGAUUAAUUGUUUUCACUACAUUGAAUUUGAGAAUCAACUAUUGCUUUGCAUUACUUGGAGACUCCUUGUCAGAUCCAUCCCCCUUGGGUUUUUCUUGGGUAAGACUGAUUUAUAUUUGGGGUUGGUAAGUUUUUUUUACAUGCCUAUGUUCAGAAUACAGGAUUUGGGUCUUUUUUGUUUGUUUUCUU